AAAAAAAGAGAGAUAGAGAGAGAGAGAGAAGAUAUUCGUCUAAUCAAAACAAAAAUAAUCAAGUAAUUGAUAUUCCAAGUCAAAAAGUUGGAAUCUUUGUCCAGAUUCCAGUUCAGUUGAUUGUAUUGCCUCAAUGGAUCGUACUCACAAUUCAAAGGGUUCCUCGUUUUCUUAGAGGAGAUCCAUCCCCCCUUUAAGUUUUAUUUCAGCUUAUAAGGUUGCAUGAUUUUCUGUCCUCUUUUCUGUGGGUGAAUUUUUUUGGGACCUUAUUGCUUGUAACAUUCCAGUAAUGGCUUGUCAUUUUGGUAUUGUUCUGAAGUUCGACUAAUUGAUGCUGCUUUCAGGAUUUCUCUGGUAUUUCCUCCUUGAUUACUUCACUUUCUGAAAGCAUUUUAUGUACUGAGUUGAAAAUGUAUAUGGUGGAGAGCAAGGGAGGAGCCAUAGGGUGCAUGCUCUUGUCUCUUUUCUUCUUGGGGACAUGGCCUGCUUUUUUAACUCUGUUAGAAAGGCGAGGUCGUCUUCCUCAGCAUACCUACCUUGAUUACUCAAUCACCAAUCUCUUGGCUGCUCUAAUCAUUGCUUUUACAUUUGGUGAGAUAGGCAAGAGCACACCUGGUGAGCCAAAUUUCUUAGCUCAACUUGCUCAGGAUAAUUGGCCCUCUGUUAUGUUUGCUAUGGCGGGUGGUGUGGUCCUUAGCCUUGGGAAUCUGUCCUCACAAUACGCAUUUGCUUUUGUUGGGCUCUCAGUUACUGAAGUGAUCACAGCAAGCAUAACUGUUGUCAUAGGCACAACAUUGAAUUACUUCUUGGAUGACAAAAUCAAUAAAGCUGAGAUCCUUUUCCCAGGAGUUGGUUGCUUUUUGAUUGCAGUUUGUCUAGGCUCUGCUGUUCAUUCAUCUAAUAAUGCUGAUAAUAAAGCCAAGCUCAACAAUUUGCCAAGUGAUUAUAAAGAUGGAGCCUCGGACACUAUGAAAGAAGGAAAUAGAGUUAAAUCAAAGGAUCUUGAGAGCGGAAGUAAUUCAGCAGACAAAUCCAAAGCAGGAACUGCAGUUUUUCUUAUAGAGCUUGAGAAAAGAAGAGCUAUUAAGGUUUUUGGGAAGAGCACUUUCAUUGGAUUGACUAUAACUUUCUUUGCUGGACUUUGCUUCUCUUUGUUCUCACCAGCAUUCAAUUUAGCAACAAAUGACCAGUGGCAUACUUUAAAAGAAGGGGUUCCCCAUUUGACUGUUUAUACUGCCUUCUUCUAUUUUUCAAUCUCUUGUUUUGUUAUUGCCAUAAUUCUAAACAUCACCUUCCUUUACCACCCUAUCUUAAACUUACCCAACUCAUCAUUGAAGGCUUAUUUGGGGGACUGGGAUGGCAGAGGCUGGGCCUUGUUGGCUGGUCUCCUUUGUGGGUUUGGGAAUGGUCUCCAAUUCAUGGGAGGUCAAGCUGCAGGAUAUGCAGCAGCAGAUGCUGUCCAAGCACUUCCACUAGUGAGCACUUUUUGGGGCAUCGUUCUGUUUGGGGAGUAUAGGAAAUCAUCAGGAAGAACAUAUAUACUGCUAGGAAGUAUGUUGUUUAUGUUUAUUGUGGCUGUUGCUGUGCUCAUGGCCUCAUCAGGGCAUAGGAAACAGUGAUCAUUCAGCUGAAGAGGAACUGCUCAUAGUUAUUGCAAGACAUUGAAAUGACUCAUUGAACUGUAAUAGGACAAUUAAGCAUGUGCCUAGGAUUAACUGAAGUGCACACACGUAAAUAAGAGAUUGCCCAAUGCGAAGGGAGAAGUAUUCGCAAUGUUCAUUGGUGUCAACCAGAGACAAAAACAAAACUAUCAAGAAAAGGGUUUAAGGUUGUAGGUGUAGAACAAGAAAUAAAGCAGGAACGGAGUUGAAGUAUCGUUAUUGAUUUUUUUUUUUUAUCUCUAUUUUUUUUUUUUUUUUUGAACAAGAAUUAAGGCAGGAACAAAGCCACAAUGGUUAGUGUUGUCGCCAUGGAACUCGGAGUUCAGGUUUGGUGCAAGUAAUCAG